GCUUCAUCCUUCAAAAAAGCUCAAGAGACUUUGCAUUACGUAUCGAAGGAGAUCGAAUGGCAAGGUCUAGGCCAUCUUUCUGGGCUGGCAUCGUCGUUGCACAACUGUGGAACUGGUGGGAAGCAUCCGCAGAACAUUAAGCGGGACAUGUUGCGGAAGUUGGCAGCCAAGAACCCUGAUUCACCUGUGCCGAUUGAACACGUGCUUGUACCCCUCUACGAGUUGGAGCCAGAUGGCAGCUACAGCAUCCAGCAAAGGCCCAUGCCACUCAUUCUCCCGGAGAAGUUGUUUCCACGGAUGAUGCGUCGUGGCAUCUUCCCGAAUUUGGCUGAGGGAAGUGUUCAACAAUACUGGACCCAUCUCAAAUCAAUUGGGUCUCCGUUGGGUGGAAUGAGUGAUGAUGGAUGCCACAUCCCUCUAUAUUUAUGGGGUGAUGGUGCACAGUACACAGAGAGUGGGCAAAGCAUUAUGGCCUUCACUUGCGGGAUUGUCAUAGAUAAGAAUAGGUCAAACACCUGGCCCUUGUUCCUAUGCAGAGAAGAAAUGAGCACCGGUUGCGACACCAUCUGGGCGCUCCUCGAACCAGUUGUGGAGUCUCUGCAAAAGAUCUAUGAUGGUCUGCCACUUCCGGCUUCUUCGGCUGCACGGACCCGAUCGGACGUGAAGAUGGUGGUCACCGAGCUGAGAGGGGAUUGGAAGUAUUUGGUCGAAAUAUUGCAUCUGAACCGAUGGUACAGAUGCAAUUUUAUUUGUCAUCGUUGCUAUGCCCACAAAGAUACAUUUAUGGUCAGCCCUGCACGACUGCUAGACAAGCAGCGAUGCUCUGCAGAAGAGUUCUUUCGGGUCAGUGUCAAACCUGGAAAGCAAUGUCCACUGUUCUCGCUCCCAUAUUGGAUCCCACAAUGCAUCAGAUUCGACUCCAUGCAUGUUCUUUGUCUUGGAGUUGACUUGUUGGUGGCUGGGAACGUCAUGACCCAGUUGGUUGGCUGUGAAGGCCUCUGGGAAGGUCAUGACACUGAUGCUAAGCUCCUAUGUGCCUGGCAGCGGUUCAAGACAUGGGCCAAGCAGAACAAAUGGCAGCUGCCUGUUGGCACUUCUACCCUGAUUUUGGUCGUAGGUCCCUUUCUGAGGAUAUUGGUACCACUAAAAUAUAUAAAUUUAGGUUGUACGUGUAAUUCGCUAUAGGGCUUUGUGGUGCUCCUUGACGUCCCACAAGACAUGUGUGAAACAAUGAGUCUGUUUCCAGAACCUUCCUAUUCAGGGCUCAUGGUGGGUUGUGUGGUUACUUGCCCUAGUCCAUGGUAGGAGAGCAACUGAGGCAUAGUGUACCCAAAUUCUGUCAGCGCAAACUUCGCUCGAAUCAACACCCGUAUCCAGAGCUGCAAAGCAAAGCGUGGAACG